AUGGCCAGUCCACCACCGAACCCAAGAGACGAGGAGGGCGGCUCCGAGUAUACGGAGGCGACGGGAAGCUAUGCGCCCGCCGCGCAGAAGACCUUCAUAGCACCACCCGCCUCCGAGCUGCCGUCAAAGCUGGUGUACGUCGCGCGGGGUGGCAGCGGCCGUAGCGUCAAGCACACGUUCCGCACUGUUAAGGUCGCGAGGCGAGUGCCGACGCUGCCGCCGAAGAAGAGUGAGGAGGCGGGCGGCUCCAGCGAGCCCGGUCCGAGCCGCCCUAGCCGCCCGCGUCGCGACAAAACGAAACGGCACGCUUGCACCAUCUGCAAUAAGAAGUUCACGAGCCCUGGUAAGCUUAGCCAACAUAUCUUGUCUCAUACCGGUGAGCUUCCCUUUUCUUGCGAUUUGUGCGAUAAACGCUUCAAUUCUAAAUUUAAGCUCGUCCGGCACAGUGCUAUACACAAUGAUGCAAAAGCCUUUGCUUGCACUGUAUGUAAAAGAACUUUUGGUCGCAAAGAUCAUCUUACAAACCAUGUCAGUACUGUACACAACCCUUUUAAAAUGCAAUAUGUAUGUGAGAGGCCCGGCUGUAGGAAAUCAUAUACGUCUCAACUUAGUUAUCGUAAGCAUGCAGCCUUUCAUUCGGCUGAAGAGGGGAACUUGCAAUGUAAGAUCUGUGAUCAAGUGUUCACAACUCAGAAAGACAUUGUGUACCACCUUAAGGUCCACACUGGAAGCAGGACAGUGAAAAGUGAGACCGAUAAGAAGUAUACAUGUGAUCAUUGUGAUAGGAGGUUUUUCACAGCUAAAGAUGUGAGGCGGCAUAAUGUAGUACAUACUGGUAGGCGUGAUUUUUUAUGCCCUUAUUGCCCUCAUAAGUUUGGGCGCAAGGAUCAUUUAGUUAGGCAUGUGAAGAAUGCUCAUCCAGAUGAAACAUGGCAGUCUGCAGCGGUUGGUACUUCUCGAGAUCCUCUACCAGAAGUAUCAAAUGUAGUUGAGGAGACCUUUACUGAAUUUCCCAUUACUGGCUCAGAGUUUGAUAUUUGGGAAUCUCCAUCACCAAAGGAUGAGCCCGAAGGUAGAAUGAGUGUGCCCGCUUGUGACAUAAUUGUAGAGAUACCUGCGUUAGAAGUAAAAGUGGAACCAUCAUUAGAUAUAAAGAUAGAAGAGCCACAGUCACCAAAUGAAAUGCUUGAAUAUCCUGUAGUCUAUGUUGUGCCUCCUACGUACUCGCCAACGCCAACUGACUUGCCUUUCAUUACAACACAGCAAUUAAGUGAUGUUAAUGUGCAUUUUGGGUCUGGGAAUGUUGACUCUCUGCUGCUUGAUCCUGGUGAAGGCCCAUCUGGUUUGUCAAGAGAAAUGUUAGGUUUAUUAGAAGACAGUGAUCCAACAUAUGCAGGUGAAGAGAGUAGUCGUAGUCAGCAAAGGCUACCUGCGUUCACUCAAGCCUUUCAAACUGCACAAAGUCCGAAACCACCACCACCUCCGCCCCCUCCACAUUAG